GUUGAGAGCGGUGCGUACAACAAUUCAGCCAUCCAGACCCCCAACCUGGACGCGCUGGCCCGGCGCAGUGUUGUCUUCCAGAACGCCUUCACCUCCGUCAGCAGCUGCUCCCCCAGCCGGGCCAGCAUCCUGACCGGCUUACCCCAGCACCAGAAUGGGAUGUACGGGCUGCACCAGGACGUGCACCAUUUCAACUCCUUUGACAGUGUGCAGAGCCUGCCCCUGCUGCUCAGCCAAGCACACAUCCGGACAGGGAUAAUUGGGAAGAAGCAUGUUGGCCCAGAGGCUGUCUACCCCUUUGACUUUGCGUACACAGAGGAGAACAGUUCAGUUUUGCAGGUUGGGAGAAACAUCACUCGAAUCAAAGUUCUUGUCCGGAAGUUCCUCCAGAGCCAGGAUGAGAGGCCUUUCUUCCUCUACGUCGCCUUCCAUGACCCCCAUCGCUGUGGGCACUCCCAGCCCCAAUAUGGGGCCUUUUGCGAGAAAUUUGGCAAUGGAGAGAGCGGCAUGGGCUGGAUCCCUGACUGGAAGCCACAGCUCUACAGCCCGGAGGAAGUACAGGUCCCUCACUUUGUUCCAGAUACUCCAGCUGCCCGGGCAGACUUGGCAGCCCAGUACACAACCAUCGGCCGCAUGGACCAAGGCAUUGGGCUGGUCCUGGAGGAACUGCAGCGUGCUGGCUUCCACAACAGCACGUUGGUGAUCUACACCUCUGACAACGGCAUCCCCUUCCCCAGUGGCAGGACCAACCUCUACCACUCGGGCACCGCUGAGCCCCUGCUGAUCUCGUCCCCUGAGCACACUGGGCGCUGGGGGCAGGUCAGCCAGGCCUUUGCCAGCCUCCUGGAUCUCACGCCGACCAUUUUGGACUGGUUCUCCAUCUCCUACCCUACUUACAGCAUCUUUGGCAGAAAGCGGGUGCAGCUUACUGGAAAAUCUCUCCUGCCAGCACUGGAGCUGGAGCAGUCCUGGGCCACAGCCUUCAGCAGCCAGAGCCACCACGAGGUGACCAUGUACUAUCCCAUGCGGGCCAUCCAGCAUCAGCAAUUCCGCCUCAUUCACAACCUCAACUACAGGAUGCCCUUUCCCAUUGACCAGGACUUCUACAUCUCGCCUACUUUCCAAGACCUGCUCAACCGGACCAGAGCUGGGCAGCCAACCCACUGGAACAAGAGCUUGCACAAGUAUUAUUACAGGGACCGCUGGGAGCUGUUUGACUGCAGCCGUGACCCCACCGAGAGCCAGAAUCUGGCCCCUGACCCCCGCUAUGCCGCAGUCUUUGAGCUGCUUCGCACACAGCUCUUGAAGUGGCAGUGGGACACCAGUGACCCGUGGGUGUGUGCCCCUGAUGCUGUCCUGGAGGAGAAACUGAACCCUCAGUGCCAGCCGCUGCACAAUGAACUGUGACUGUUACUUUGCCUUGCUGACCCCUUCCAGCACCCAUUGCCACAGGGUGAUGCCAGGCACCUGCCAGGCCUGGUGCCCUCUCCCCUGUCCUUAGCCCAUGCUGCCAAGGGAGCAGCCAUGCUCACUUCCAUCAGGUUCAAUACCAGUGCCUAGAGCUGGUGUGGCCUUGCAGCCAGGCCAGAGCACUGCAGCCCGCCUGCCCGGCACGAGGUUGGGACGGUGCAGAAACCCAAACGGGCUAGUCCCAAAUUCCUGUGUCGCACCCCAGGCUGUGCUUUCUGUAUCACAAAACGGGCUAUCCCUGGAGCCCUGGAGAGAGAUCCUCUGUCCUGGGGCCUUGGCUGUAUUCCCAGCCAGGAGAAAUGUAAUGGUAAAAUCACUUCUCAAUAAAGCUACUGG